CCGCGGCGGUUUGGUACCGAGCGGAGAGGGAGAUGCACACGGCACUCGAGUGAGGAAACAGAGAUGAAGGUACACAUGCACACAAAAUUUUGCAUCAUUUGUUUGCUGACAUUUAUCUUUCAUCAGUGCAAUCAUUGCCAUGAAGAUGGACAUGACCAUGGUCCUGAAGAGCAACGUGUACACUACCAUAAUGACUAUCAGAUCUCAAAUGCAUCCUACUUCCAGAAUGGAGGAACAGAAUCUAUGCCGAGUAAAUUUUCAACAUUGGAAGCUGAAAAUGAACAAAAAUACUACAUUGAAAAGAUUUUUGAUCGUUAUGGGGAAAAUGGAAGAUUAUCUUUUUUUGGCCUGGAAAAACUGUUAAUAAGCCUUGGUUUAGGAGAGGUAAAAGUAGUGAUGAUAAAUCACGAUGAUAUUGGCCAUGAUCAUGUUUCUCACUUAUAUGCUUUAGAAGUACAGGAAGGAAAGCAUUCUCACUCUCAUAACCAUCCUCAUAGCCACUCAGAUUCAGAAAACCAAACCAUGACUGGUAUGUCUGCAAAGAGAAAUCGUAAAUGUGACCCUGAGAGAGACGCAGUAGUGCCAUCAGUAAAAGAUGAUGGCAAACAUAUUCAUGACCAGAGUCGCCAUCGCCAUCAUCACCACCCUCGUCUACAUCGUCAUGACCACAAUGGUACACAUCAUUCUCAUAAUGAUUCAGUUAGUCAUAGUGAACAUGGAGAACAGAACCAUGAACCUUCAACAGAGACAAACACAACUCAGGAUCAGCCAGAAAGAAAACAACGGAAACAGAAGAAGAAACAAAAGAAGAUCAGUGAGACUUCAGGAGAUGCUACACGGGAUUAUGCCCCAGAUCAUGAUCCAGGUGAUCAGAAUGAGCACAAUCGUGUUCAUAAACAUGAUCAUGUACAUGAUGCAUCUCACUUGCAUGUACACCAUCAUGAACACAGUAGUGAUCGUUCUACUAGUCAUGGACAUCAAGAUUCCAGUUUAGGUAAUGAGGAUGGACACCACCAUACCAGCAAGCGAGAGGCACCUCAUAAGCAGAUUAGUGUAAGAAAACAUGCUCUUUUUUCAAUGCGUAGUCAUAAGGAUCAUAAUGAAGAUGAACGUGAUCGUGAAGAGUGCUUAAAUGUUACCCAGCUGCUACGGUACUAUGGUCUGGAAACCAGCUCUCCGGUAUCUCCUGAAUUGUUUAUAUACAUGUGUCCUGCUUUACUAUACCAGAUUGAGAGAAGGCUUUGUAUUGUACAUUAUGAUGAGCUUGAAGAUUUUAUGAAGAGUAAAAAUGCAUCAAUUGAGAAUAAAGAUAAAACAGGUGCAUCAGCCUGGUUUUGUGGUAUUGUCUCUAUCACCGUCAUUAGCCUGCUUUCCUUGCUAGGUGUGAUCCUGGUUCCCAUCAUUAACCAAUGGUGCUUCAAAUUUCUUCUAACUUUCUUGGUAGCUCUGGCUGUAGGAACAAUGAGUGGAGAUGCACUACUCCAUCUGUUGCCACACUCACAUGGAGGCCACAACCACAGUCACCACCAUGGCCAAGGUCAUGUUCAUGAACACAAGCGUUCUCAUCGACAUGCCCAUGGACAUGGAGUACGAACUGAAGGCUUUCUAGAAGAAAAUGAUCCAGUGCUGAAAGGUCUUGUGGCACUUGGAGGCAUUUAUGUUUUGUUCAUCAUUGAACAUUGUAUAAGAAUGUACAAGCAUUACAAUAAACAAAAGAGUAAGCAGAAAUGGUGCAAGAAAAAACAGACUGAAGAAUCACCAAUUGGAAGGAAACUUUCCGAUCACAAAUUAAAUAAUAGACCAGAUGCUGACUGGCUUCAGCUCAAACCCCUUGCAGGAGCAGACGACUCAGUUUUAUCUGAAGAUCGACUCAAUGAAACUGAACUAACUGAUUUAGAUGGCCAGCUGGAAUCCCCUCCCAAAAACUUCUUGUCGGUAGAAGAGGACAACAAUGUGCAUCAUUCUCACAAUGAUGUCUCACAUGCUGCUCAAGAGCAUGAUCUUCAUGAUUCAGAGUAUGACAACCAUGGCGAAGAUAAAAUGAUAGCUAGAAAACACAGUCACCACUGGCAUCACAAACAUUCCCAUCAUUCCCAUGGCCACUGUCAUUCUGGAAAAGACCUGAAAGAUACUGGGAUAGCUAAUAUUGCUUGGAUGGUAAUUAUGGGAGAUGGCAUUCACAACUUUAGUGAUGGCUUAGCAAUCGGAGCAGCUUUUAGUGCUGGACUGACAGGAGGAAUUAGUACAUCUAUAGCAGUAUUUUGUCAUGAGCUUCCCCAUGAAUUAGGUGACUUUGCUGUGCUUCUUAAAGCAGGUAUGACAGUAAAGCAAGCUAUUGUGUACAACCUCCUGUCUGCCAUGAUGGCUUACAUAGGGAUGCUGAUAGGCACAGCGGUGGGACAGUAUGCUAAUAACAUCACCUUGUGGAUCUUUGCAAUCACUGCAGGCAUGUUCCUCUAUGUGGCACUGGUUGACAUGCUUCCAGAAAUGCUUCAUGGAGAUGGAGAUAAUGAAGAGCACGGUUAUUGUCCGGUGGGGCAGUUCAUUCUUCAGAAUCUAGGCCUGCUUCUUGGAUUUGCCAUCAUGCUGGUGAUUGCCCUCUAUGAAGAUAAAAUUGUGCUUGACAUCCAGUUUUGACCUAAUUCUGGUAAUCACUGUGGUUACAAUAAUGUUACUGUAUGGCUUUGAGUCUGCACUGUUUCACUGUAUGCACAUUGCUCAGAGGAAAAGCAGUGGCUUGCACUACUUACACAAGUACAGUAUAUUCGUUUCUGUGUAGAUUAACUUCUGCUUUUUUUCUAAUUCAAAUCAGAUGAGAUUACCCAAUGCAUCUUCUAAACUCAAGUGAUCGACAAUUACGAAAUACUACAUAUGAGAAAUAAAUGCCAAGUUCAGUGUACUAUGUAGGAAGCACUGCUUGCUUAAGAAAGAAGUAGUACAGUGAAUGAUCUGCUCAUUCGGGAAAAUACCAUUUCAUUAGUACAUUUGAACAGAACCCAGAAAACAUUACAGCUGAAAUUCAUCCCUCUGCAAGGAACCUGAGUAAGCUUUUAGUGCCACAUAAGUCUUAAGUAGCACAUAUAUAUCUCUACAUAUGUGGAGAGAGAGAGACAUACAGAUACGCAUGCACAUAUAUGUAUAUGUGCGUGUGUGUGUAUAUUCAUUCUGUGCUGAUUCUUCUGCAUAGCGGUGACUUGAAGUAUUAAAUCUUACAACAGCACAUGACUGGAAACCACUGUGCUGGUUUCAAUUUUAAAAAAGAAACCCAAAACCUAAACACUGUUUAAAUUCUUAGAGUAUGCAUUAAGCUGCACUCCAUCAUUAUAAACUUCAUGUGUAAGAAGGCAGGCUGUUGCAAUAUACACUGCAAAGUGCUAUGUUUUGUCGAGGAUCGGUUUGACGAUGUUUUUCCUGACUAAGAUUUAUUUGAUGUUUGUUCCUUGAUAUUAGUAGGAAAAUGCAAAAUGCAGUAGAGUUAGUGUUAGCUUGGGGAAAUCCCUGAUGUUGGAGUUAUUGAGCUAUUUCUGGUUCUUUUUUACAGAUGCUAAACACGUAUUGUAUGCCACUUGCAGCAUAAACUACUGAAGAAUUGUGGCUGUGAAUUUGUGCAAACUCUUUUAACAGAGAAUCCGUAUGGGAAUUUGUCCAUUUUUUUAACAAUUAUUUUGGACUGUUUUCUCCUCUUCAUGUUAAAACAAUCCAAAGUGCAAGAUGCUAGUUACUGAACCUGGGCACAAAGGCUAAAUUAUGCUCUCUGUGUGUGUAGUGCUGGUAGGUUAUUCACAAUACUGUAAUAUCAGAUCAAAAUCUGUUUCUGCAAUGCCUUGAUAUUGGACAUUGUAGCACCAGCCGUUUCUGACAGUAUGUAAGAAGAUUUCUACUUCCAGCAUAACGGAGUUCAUUUCUAUGGUAUUUUUUUACAAUUUUGGUAUUUAAAUCAGAUUAUUAAAAAGCAGAUGUGAUAGAUCCAUGGUAUGUGUAAUUUGGAAGUAUAGACUGAAAAUUUGGGCCUUAACUUGCUGAGAUCAGCUGUCCUAGAUUGGAUUGUGCUGAUAUGCUUUUAUUGCAGACAUGAGUUAGUUCUUCUUGUACCCAUCUCCUUAAAAAAACUGUGAGUCUGUGAGGAGUGCAAGUUGAUUCUGUAGUACCAGUCCUAAGCAUGGCAGUAGCCUUUUUUAAAACAUACAGUUUGUCUUCUUUUAUGUGUAUGCCAGGUAAAAGCUGUAUUUUGAGUAUGUGCCGUAAGUUUUGUUUCAGUCUGCUUGGUGCCAGUGUAGCUGCUAAAAACACUGAUCCUAACGCCUUUAAUGAGAGCCAGUCGGUAUCUUCAUUCCAUUUCAAGUUAAUGUGUGUUUCCUGUGGCCCUUUACUUUUUGAAGCUUCAUUGGUCAAUAUAGUUUUUACUGAGAGCAGCUCAUGUAUUUUAAAGAUAUCGGUUGGUUCUUGCCAGUAUUGCUUCCUAAUGCAGUAUCAAGAAACAGUAUUAAGGGUCCAUUUCAAAGAAGGGCGCAGUUUCUUCAGUGAAGAAGCCGAAAGCCCAGAGUUCAGGCAUGCAGCCAUUUGAUGCCCAGAACUCAGUUUGUUUGUUUUGGUUUGUUUUUUCUUCUUUAAACACGUUUACUGUUGGACCCUAAUUAGCAAACACACUGUUGUUAGCUUCAGAUUACUGAAUUUCUGCAGUGUAAAGAUCCUGGGUGACAUUUUUUCAUAGUGCCCAUGUUAGGUCACUGAGUACCAUUUUCAAAGAGACUUAACUCACUGGAUGAUACCUUCUGAGGAUCUAAGUUUAAACAACCUAUGUUUCUUAUGUAUUAAACUGACCCUUAAUUUUCCUUUUCUGUUAAUUCUGUCAAGUAUAAGGGGGUCAUUAUGCAGUUGAACUGAUAUUUUGUCAAAUCAUUUUUUGAAGUUUCUUUUAAUUCUUUUCAAAUGAAGAUUUCUAUAUUUCAGGUAGUAUAUUUACUUUUGUAUUAGUUGGAAUAUGGUUAUAGCUUAAUACACUGCCUCUAUAGGAAAACAGUUAACUUCCUUCCAAGACCACCUUCAGACAAGGGAAAAACAUGGUCCUUGAAGGUAGGUACUGUAUUUUUCAUUAAAUAUGGGUUGUUUCCUUUUAUUUUCUAGUAUUUAUUACAAGUUAGUUAUGAAGAGCAGCGUGACAGCUGUGACUUCUUCUAUAUGUUUCCACCAGUAUUGAAUUCCGAAUGAUUCUAAUGUACGCUUUUGAGUCGUGUUACAGACAAUCUGAAUUCCACUACAUUUCUACUUGGCUUCAACAUUCCAUUCUGCUUGAAUCCAGAGUCUCAUUUAACUUGUAUUUGUUGGAGGGCGUAAAUGUUACUUGUAUAUUACAAUGCUGUCACUGUGUGACAUCCCAUAUGAAUUUUGAUGUAGAUCACAUUGCACUCAAUCCGCUGUGAUUAUGCUUAGAAGAUAUUGUAGUUGCUAGAUGCAGUGUGAUUUUUUUUUUUUAAUUUUUUUUCUUUCCCCUCCCCAUUAACAACUGAGUCUAUGGUUUAAAAUGUGAUUAUGGUCCUAUAAAAUAACUUGCUGAGCUAUCAGUCUUUUUGUUAUAACUCAAUCAUUUUUUAAAAUUUUAUAAAGCUGGAAAUGAUCAAAUGCUGUUUUGUUCAUUGUCAACAG